AUGCCAUCUAGUUUGAGGGAUGCUGCUCAGCAAGGAAGCGUUGAUGCCUUGUACGCAUUGAUACAGAGGGAUGCAAAAGUUUUGGAUAGGAUUGACGAGAUUUCAUUUGUUGAUACUCCUUUACAUGAUGCUGCAUAUGCAGGACACACCCGAUUUGCCCUGGAGAUUACCCAAUUGCUGCACCGACUACUUGAUUUUGAUGAUCACCUUGUUCGUGUCCAAGGAAGGGAGGGUGUGACUCCUUUGCAUUAUGUGGCUCAAACAGGAGACCUCUAUCUUCUGGCCGAAUUUCAAAAUGUCUGUCCCAUACCUAUUAAAAAUGUAACAAUUCGAGGAGAGACAGCUCUUCAUAUCGCGCUGAAUAACAACCAACUAGAUGCUUUUCAUCUCCUUGUAAGAUGGCUUCAGCAAACAACGUUUGAAGAUGCCGCAUUGUGGGCAAAGAAAUUGCUAAACUGGAAGGAUGAGGAAGGCAAAACUGUUUUGCACAUCGCAACAAUGAAAACUCUACCCCGGGUCGUGAGAUGGUUAUUGGAUGCUAGAGUUGAUACAAAUGCUACAAAUUUAGCAGGUUUUACAGCUUUGGACAUCUUACAAGGGAAAACGCAGAUCGACAACAAUAAGAUCAGGGAUAUGUUAACUUCUUCUCUUCCAAGGAACAUCGACAUUGUCGUUGAUUUGAGGGAAGCUGCUCAGUUAGGAAGUGUUGAUUCCUUGUACACAUGCAUUGAUUAA